ACAAAAAAAAGUGUUUGUGUUAUUUGUUUAUUAUUGUUUAAGAGUCAAAAGUUUAAAUAAUUUGUUGAUUUUAUUCAAUAUAAGAAACAUAUUAUUAGUGAAUCAUAGCAAUGUUAAAAACAAUGUCAUUGUCUCGAUUCAGCCAGCAUGUUUUAUGUAAAUCAUGCAGCAUAAACUUUGUACGAGACUACAACUCGAGGCACAGUCUGUUUACGUUUGGCAAUAUAACUAACAAAAAUAGGGGCUAUUACAAAAAGGAACUGAUUGGUUAUUCGAUGGAUGAAAUGUAUUCUGUAGUCUCUGAUGUCAAAAAUUAUUAUAAAUUUGUCCCAUACGUUAAAAAAUCGCAUGUGCACAGUAAUCACUCGAAUGGGUUUAAAGCUGAUCUUAUUGUAGGUUUUCCACCCCUAAACGAAAUCUAUACCUCUAAUGUAACAUUAAAAUGCCCAAAUUUGGUGACGUCCGAAUGCAAAGAUGGGCGACUUUUCAAUUAUUUGCUGAACGAAUGGCGUUUUAGUCCGGGUCUAAAAGAUAUACCACAGUCAUGUGUAUUGGACUUUAAAGUGUCAUUUGAAUUUAAAUCAUUACUACAUAGUAAUAUUGCAAAUUUAUUUUUUGAUUUGAUAUGUGAUCAAAUGGAAAAUGCUUUUAUAACAGAGGCUAAAAAACGAUAUGGCGUUGCAUCAAUUAAAUCACAUAUUUUAACUUCAAGACGAUCCUGACCUUAAAGGGAGAUUCAGUUUUUUUACAAAUCUAGUUUGAUUGGACUACUCACAUUUUGGCUAUUAGUUAAGAACUAAAGAUUUCAAGUUAAGUUUUUAAAUUAUUGUGUAUUGUAUUAAUAUAUUUCACGUCUUUUAAAUUUAAAAAUUGUUUAAAUCUUAUUUGUAUAUAUAAAAAAAAUUAUGCCCGCCACUAUUAAUAAUAAAAAUAAUAACAAAUAA